GACUGUUCACCUCCGGACUCCUAGGGGGCAGCACUGCCCUGAUGAUGAGGCAGCAGGGCCUGCGGGGGGAACCGAUGGAAACCCCGCAGCCAGCGUUAGCAGCAGCCCCAGCGUUAGCAGCAGCCCCAGCGUUAGCAGCAGCCAACGUUAGCAGCCAGCGUUAGCAGCAGCCCCAGCGUUAGCAGCAGCCCCAGCGUUAGCAGCAGCCCCAGCGUUAGCAGCCAGCCUCAUCGGCUGUCCGAACUUUGUGAGACCGACUCGCUGAAGAAGCUUGUAAGGGGGGGGGGUAGGAGAUGGCUGGCGGGUGUGGAAAUGAAGAUCUCUUUGACAGUAUUCUCAUGGCGGAUGAAAGGUUCCGACGGGAGGGCUACCGGGAGGGAUUUGAGAAAGGGACCCGCCGAGGACUGCAGGAUGGCCGCAGACAUGGAGCCUCUCACGGGGCCAAGCUGUCCUCUGAGAUUUCCUUCUAUUAUGGGUUUGCCAUCACAUGGAAAUGUCUCCUCCAACAUAAUACAGAUGUCAAAUCAAGGAAGCGUGUGAAAGCGCUGGAGGCUGUCCUGGCUUUGAUCCAGAACUCCCCUCAUGAUGAUCCGCAGUCUGCUGAGCUACAGGAGGACAUGGAGAAACUUCGUGCCAAGUUCAGACAGGUGUGCUCUAUGCUGAGUGUCCCCACUGACUUCAAGGAUUACAUCAAGACUUCUGAAGGGACUUCUUUCUGAAUCUCCUGAGGAGGAGCAGCAGGAGGAGCAGCAGGAGGAGGAGCAGCAGGAGCAGCAGCAGCAGGAGGAGCAGCAGCAGCAGGAGGAGCAGCAGGAGGAGGAGCAGCAGGAGGAGCAGCAGGAGGAGGAGCA